GUAUCGAGGUUUGCAAGAAGAAGAAGACGCCGCAGCAGACGACAGAGCGUUGUUUUGAAAUGUUGACAGGACCAUAUCAAGAGUGUAUGUCUGUUAGAAUGGAUGAAAAUGUAACAGAUUAAUUUGGCAAGAGAAAUUAGAAUGGUACCCCGUGAUUUCUAGGUUUGCCGAAAAGAAAUGAGGACGACCACUUUGUUCACUGCAGGAUUCCAGGAAACCAACUAGGUACUAGGAUCUUGACAUUUUCGUCCUCGUCAAAGGCCUUCAAAAUGGUUUUAGAAACAGUGUCCAGUAGUAAAGCUGGAACCAUUCGCUCUCUUCUGAUCCGUGCUUGGAGGGAAAGAUGGUCUGAUCUACAGUGGGGCAUUCAUAUUAAAACAGUGUUGCCAAGAGCUGUCAGUGGGGAUAUUUACCACUUAGCUGAUUACAUUUUGCAGCAGGCAUUGAUGGGGCCUCUUCCCAACAGUCUUAUUUUGUCAUAUUUACGGCACUCCCUCAGUUCACAGAUUGUCUCAUAUGGGGGUGUUAUAGAGAGUAUUAGUAACUAUGAUGGUCUUCACAAACCUCAUUGCGUUCAAGCUUUGCUAGAUCUCAUGCAAAGUAUGAUGAAAAGUGUAUCAUGUCGAGGGAAACCUGAGGAUUGUUUAGUACUAGCCACGUCUUUAGUGAAUGGUGUUAAGUGGCUUGUCCAGGUAAUGGGAUGGACUACACAGCAGCUUCUUGAUCUACGCAGCAACCAGCGCACACCACCAACCUGUCACUGGCAACGUCAGUUUUACAAGAUAUACUUAGCUGCCAGUUCCUCACGUGCAUGCUGGAGAUAG